AUGCUUUAUACUGCAGUGCCCAGACCCAAAUUCAAUCUCACCAGACAAGCCGAUAUCUCCUCCUUCACGUUCACGGUACGCUUCAACCAUUUAAAAUGCACACGUAUCAACUUCCGCUGCUAUUCAUUGUGUAGGUGGGUGAAGUGUCCAUUAGCUAGCCUAGCGGGCCAUGGCCCAGCCCGGAUCCUCACAUUAAGAUUCGUGGAUAGCCCUAUAUCCACCGGAUGGGAUUAUAUUCAAGUAGGGAAUGAGACAUACAAAGACAUGGACCGAAUGGCUGCUUUUGAGAGGGCACUCAAUACUUCGGCUGGGUGGGUGGAUUCUAAUGUUAACUCUACCAACACCAAGGUCUUCUUUCAGGGGAUUUCUCCAUCUCAUUACAAGUAA